AUGGAAUCGGACUCGGAUGUAGAACCAGGUGGCCCCGUUGCGAAUCGGGGACCUGCCGUCUUGGCCGUCACGAUAGCUACUCUGGUCCUCGCCUCGGUCUUCGUCUUUGCACGCAUGAUCUCUCGCUACUUCAUCGUAAAGCGAUUCACGUGGGAUGACCGGACCAUCCUCCUGGCUUGGCUCAUCUCCUUCUUCCUGUCCUUUACCAUCUGCUUAGGCGUUGCCAACGGGCUUGGCAAGCACGACGAGGACAUUCCCGCUUCACACAUCGCUACUCUUCGCCAUUGCGAAUAUAACCCAGCCUUGAUGGCCACGAAAACGAGCAUCCUCAUCUUCUACUUGCGCUUGGCUAGAAACACACAAAUGCUCCUGCGCUUCGCUUCAUGGCUGAUCCUUGUCAUUGUCAACAUUGCAGGCAUUGUCCUCACCUUCAUGAAUAUAUUCCAGUGCACGCCUGUACAAGCUGCUUGGAACGCGAACUACACGGGCCCGACGAGAUGUAUCCCCCUGCUGACCGAGUUCAUCUGCGCCGCUCCCGUCAACAUUGUUACGGACCUUGCGAUUCUAGCGCUGCCGAUACCCGUCUUGACCGGCAUGCGGCUACCCUCACGGCAAAAGACGAUCCUCGUCUUGACUUUCACCCUGGGUGUCUUCGUUGCCGUUGUGGAUGUCGUCCGAGUCUAUUACCUUCAGCAGGCCAUCACCGAUGUCCCCACGGGAAUCACCUCCGACCCGAGUUCGAGAUUUGGUGGCCAAGCUGACUUUGCCUACAACGCAUCGCUGGCGCUCAUGUGGAGCGCCGUCGAGGUCAAUGUCGGCACCACCUGCGCCUGCAUUCCCACUUUAAAGCCUCUUGUCCUUCGUCUUUUGCCUGCUAUGCUGUACAAAUCCAAGGACAACAAUGGAUCCAGGCCCAGCCCAAGCGACACAAGCGACAAAAGCCAGAACCAGCGAGGCUCAGACAACCCGUCGGUGGGCAACAACUUGAACAAUUCGGGAGUGGUGAAACCGGAACCCGUCGCCCAUGGUGCCCUUGGCAACGAUCGACAGCUCGCCAGCCCCGGACCGGAUGCGCCCAUGAGCGCCAUGGAAUUCCUAACCACUCCCGAUAUGACGUCUCUGCCCCUGACCUAUUCUGCGAACCGCUCCCGCACCACCAACACGCUCUCGACGGACCAUUCCUACGAAAACGGCGUCUAUUUUGGCUUCGUUAACAUGACCAAACCCAAGAGCAUGCUCCGAGCCAGCAGCAGAGAGUCGUGGAAAUAUUGCACCAUUGUGGCCAUUCUCUUCUUUCUGUGGGGAAUAUCAUAUGGGCUGCUAAACACGCUCAACAAUGCGAUUGCCGCGGUGGACAACAUGAGCACGGCUCAAACCAUUGGCCUGACGAGUGCUUACUUUGGCGGCGGCUACUUCUUCGGACCUCUUCUGGUUGGCGAGUGGAUUUUGCGACGAGACGAGCAUAGCCGAUCCAAGCGUCAUCGGCAAAACGACGAGAACAUCGGUGGCUACAAGGCGACUUUCAUCACCGGCCUGUGCAUCUAUGGCACCGGUACCAUCAUCUUCUGGCCCUCGGCCGUUACAAAUUCCUUUGGCGGCUUCAUGCUUAGCAACUUCGUCGUUGGCUUCGGCCUUUCGGUCCUCGAGGUUGCUGCCAACUCUUUCAUGGUGCUCUGUGGACCAUCGGAGUAUGGCGAAACCCGCCUCAUGCUGGCACAAGCCGUGCAGGGCGUGGGCAGCGUUCUCAGCGGCCUCUUGGCGCAAAAGGUCUUCUUCACGUCGCUGAGCCAUGCCAACGCAGGUGACCAAAGCAGCAGCACCACGCUAAUCAAUGUGCAGUGGACAUAUCUCGGCAUCACGCUGCUCUGUGUGGUGCUCGCUCUCUUCUUCUAUUACAUGCCGCUUCCCGAGGUCAGUGACAGUGAGCUGGAGAAGUCGACUGAGCAGCUGCCAGUCGACCCUACCAAGAGGAGCAUUGGCGGUCUGCAGCUGAGAACCGUCAGUCUUAUUCUAGCCGUCAUGGCCCAGUAUCUGUACGUGGCCGGCCAAGAGAGCAACAGCACCUUUUUCAACAGCCUUCUACUUUCCGUCCUGCCAUCACAGCCAAAGUCCGGCAUGGGCGCGGCCAGAGGACUGGCCCUCUCCCUGUCGGAUUAUUUGACUGUUGGACACACGGCUUUUGCUGUCUCGCGAUUUGCCGCCGCCUAUCUCACAUAUCUCGCCGCGAAGAACCCUCGGUUGCCCCAGCCACGGACCGUCCUCAGUUUCUGUAGCUUUCUCUGUUUCUUAUCCGCUCUUCUUUGUGUUGUCAUACGGCCCUCCAAUGCGAACCUACUCUUCAUUCCCGCUUGCCUCUUUUUCUUUGCCGAAGGGCCCAUCUGGCCUCUCAUCUUCGCCAUUGGCAUGCGCGGACAGGGCAGGAGGACUAAGCGCGCAGCGGCUUUCAUCACAAUGGGCGCCUCUGGUCCCGCCUUCUUUCCCUUUGUCAUGUACGGGAUCAUCAUUCAUGGGGGCACUGUACAACAGGCAUACAUCCUGAUAGUGGCGCUGCAGGUGGUCAUGAUGGCCCUGCCGCUCUUCCUCACGCACGUCAAGGAUGCCCGGCUGAUGGUGGAU